AUGGAGACUGGCAAGCCAGGAUUGGCGAGUGCUCCGGUGCACAUCAGCUCUGUCGCAGCGCAGGCAGAGAAAAGGAUGGACAUCCAGGCCCCUCUAACGGCUGUUUAUAUCCACACAGUGCCUGCUUUACCAGCGCAGCCUUACCCUCAGCCUCCUGCAGCUGCCCGGGAGCCGGCCACACUCCAUCUGGCCAUGCCGCCGCUCUACUCCAAGGAGACGCUUCCCUUCUUGACACUCCAUAUUGCUGGUGGGCUGCAGUCUCAGCCGGGAUUGAGUCUGGCAGCUGCUGCUCCUGCAGUUAGACCCAAGUCUGCAGGAAAACACGUGUGUCCUCACUGCGGAAGGGACUGCAUGAAGCCCAGUGUACUGGAGAAGCAUCUCCGCUGCCACACCGGGGAGCGGCCUUACCCCUGCACCACCUGCGGAGUUUCUUUUAAGACUCAGAGCAACCUCUACAAACACAGACGCACUCAGGCUCACGCUCGCCUCUCGUCCGAGUCCGAGCAGGGAAGUCUGGGCAGCCUAGACGGUAUGUCCAGUUCAAGAGAGACUUGUGCCUCCAGUUUGUCUUUGGAUGAGUCGGGCAGCGUGGAGAAGGAGGCCACACUACCUGCUGCUGAGAGCAGUCCAGCCAGUACUACAAGGGCCUUCUCUGUAAAGACACAAAGUUCUGUCAGUGAACAAAGUGGGCUGACCCUCACAGCUCACAAUACAAAUCCAAAUGAAAGUGACAGAGUAGCAAAUGAAGAGGAUAAACAGCAGCUGGAAAAUGAAAAACCUUCUUUGAGUGUUAGUCGACAUCUUCCCCUCCAGAGACAAGAGGCCACUCUGUUCUCCAAGCAGUGGGAGAGUUCAGUAUCCAGAGGGAAAUCACAGAGUCAUGAGAGCACAGACUCUGGCUUCAGCGAGAGCAGUGACCACUAUAUGAGCCCCAGCAGCAUUUUACCAGACCACAGUAUGGAUUCCCUCACUGAAUCCACCAAGGAGCAUCUCAAAGAAACUGCCAGGACGGACACACCUUCAGAAACGGGCCACAGUGGACCAGAGGCCAAAGACACUGUGAGGGAGCAGGAGACACUGGAGGAGCGAAUAUCGAAGCUGAUUUCAGAAAAUACAGCUGUUGUCGAGGACAAACAGCUGGAGAAUGUGAGGCCACGGAAGACAGUUUUAUCAAAGCAGGGCAGCAUUGACCUCCCCAUGCCGUACACGUACAAGGACUCCUUCCACUUUGACAUGAGGAUCAAUCAGAAUCAGAAUUUUGGCUUACAAAGAAACAGAAGGCCAGAAUUGUACAGUUCUGUUCCCACUCAGUGCUCCUCCAGCAUGGAGCAUGCACCCUUAACCCGCAGCAAUUCCCUCCCCUUCAGCGUUACCCUCCUGCAGCCUGAGAGGAGCAGCCCAAAUUCCUCCUAUCAGAGCGAUUAUGUAACACUCGCACGGAGGGGAAGCUCUGGCCAGAUAAACCCAACAGGUUUCACGAUCAAGCCUGUGAACCAGCACUCGUCCACCCACCGCCCACUGGUCCGGCAGACAGCCGUAGACUGCAACCACGCAACAGACGGUCUCUUCAGGAAUUCAUCUGUGGAGGAGGCGUGCACCAGCAGUCUCAGCUGCGACGGGGACGGCGGUGACAUUUGUGGAGAGCCAAGCAACAGAAAGUUCCGGAGGAAGAAAGCGCAGAAGUUUGCCUACAACAAGUGGUACAUGUACGGGGGAGGAACAUUUAAAAAGCUCUACAAUGCUGAGAAAAGUGGUGAUAACAGUGUUAUCAAAGGCAGGAAAUGCUCGACAAACCCAGAGCAUGAGGUGGUUCAGGCUCUACAGAAGAGGUUGUCAGUGGUUCAUAAGGAGACGUUAACAACAAGUGGCUCAACAACAAACUUAACAAACAGCAGUGUGAUGAUGGGCCACCCAGGCUGCCCUCCUGCCAAUCUAUCGCUUGUCCCUCCUGUGGAUUGUAAUCUACAAACCAGCCAUCUUAAUUCAUCGAGCAGCUCUCUCAAGGCUACACUCCAGAGAAAUUUGUCUUUGUCAAUUCUGCCAGUACCUUCUAUUGGAUCACUGGUUAGUCACAAAACAGACUGUGUAAACAGAACAGAGGCUGGGAGGUUGAUUAAUGAAGAAAAACAUACUGAUUCCUCCUCGCAGAUCUGUGGAGCCCAUAUUCCUUCGGACAGGAAAAAGCAAAGAACUGAUGACAAAAUAAUUUUCCCUCUGGACAUGGAGACUGACCCAAAAACACUGACUCAUCCCCCUCCAUGUGUCACUGGCAGUGUGUCUAAGCAGGAUACAAAUCUCACUUAUAUCCGCCCUCAAAAAAAUCCAAAACAUACUCAGCUCCAAGGAGCUCUUUUCCCAUCAUGCAUAAUCAAUGCAAAUGCACCGUCUGUUAGCACCUCACCAGCCACUUCCAUCCCACCUGCUGCCAAGAGCAGCUUCCUGCCCAAAUACCAGCUCAAGUUACCUAACGCUGCCGAACCUAAUUCAAAUCCGUCACCACAAGUUGUAGAUACCCCGACCCGCACUUUCACCUCUCCUCCCACUGAGCAGGCCUCACCGUCGAUCACAACUUGUGAAAAGAAUUGCCUGAAUUCUGUCACUUCACCAGUGAUGCAAACUUGUGAAAUCAAGACAACAAAUGCUUUUAGUUCUCUGCAAGACAAGCCUGCCCUGCCAUGCACAGCUACAACUUUUUGUCAGUCACAACUCAGCCAAAAUUCAGCACCAAGCUUAGCUGUAGUGCACAACAGGCAAUUUGCAGCAACCACAAUAACCACAAGCUGCCUACAAAAUUAUCAGGCAGGAUUAUGCAGCACUUUGAUACAGUCUUCAAAAUCUGCAGGGCCUUUGCAGUUACCCAAACCUGUUGCACCUACAGUUGUGAACUAUCCAACGACACCCGCCAUAACCACAGCAAACAAUCAAACAUCUCCUCAAGCUCAACCUUACCUUACUUCUAACCCUCCCCUGUCACAAACACAUCUCUCGACAGCAGCAGACUUGUCAAACCCUGGAAGCAGAGCACAUGUCGGACCAAACACCCCAGUCGUACCUUGUCACAUUGUACCGUUCGACCAGGUGCAACCGGCUGCUCAGAAUGUAUUUCAUGUCCACACAGCAGACCUCCAGAUCUGCCUCCAGAUCAUAUCUGAUGAGCAGCUAGCCCUUAUUGAACCUCAGAUUGAGCGACCAUCAGGUUCACAGAGGGUCGACAUGGAAGCAGUGGCACCGGACGUUGUUCAGAGUAAGGCUCAAAGCUUUGCCACCAUAGAAAGUAGCAAUGAGAGAAGGGACCGUGACCACUCAGGCCAUGAAAAGGAGAUGGACAAAAGUGAGUCUUUACCCCCAGUUAACCCAAAGAAAAUAACAUCUCCACUUUCUGUUCAGUCUGGAAAAGCAGAACAAGAUGUUCACCUCACCAAGGACAGUAAUUCCACCCGGCCUGCAGCACCAGCUGAAUCUAUUCCCUCUGAAAAUUUAGACUCAUCACUACAACCACAAAAAUACGGUCAUGUAAACACAGUCGCAGAGACUGAGAACCCUGCGGGCGAUGUUAUGUCAACUGCCGCUUCACUCAGAGGUAUAAAGUCAGCAAGGAGCCAAACUUUAGAGGAGCAACAGGCCCUUUCUCAGAAUCGUGCUGAGGAGAAACUUUUACCGGACAGGAAGGUCAGCCAAGGUGGAGUGGUCUCACAAACACUCUCCAGCCAACACAAGCUCAGCAUGAGCUCUCUUUCUCCCAGUGCAGUAAAUCAAAAUAGCAUGAAAAGAGCAGCACCGAGCCAACACAAACUUAAAAAUCAAGGAGCCUCGUGUAAAGUAGGCACAACGAAUGCCAAGGGUGAAACCUCGGCAUACAAAGGCAGCAGGUCAGAAAGCGGAGAAUACCUCAAUCAGGCUGGUAAACCGUCAGUUGCUUCAUUAUCCAUCAAUAAAUGCAAACCUCUAAGACGCUUGAGCCCGCAAGCAUCCAUUUACUGCAGUGAUCAAGUGGAAUCUACAUUGUCUGAGAAUCUGAAUGCAUCCAAAUGUUCAAACAUGGGAAGUGAUAUAGUAGGACAUCCAGACGAUUCUGUCCCUUCCGUGGAAAUUACCCAACAUGAAUCACAGGACAUGAUCAGCUCUGCCCAAUCAGAAAGACGACUGGGUCAGUUUACAUCAGUGGACGAGCCCAAAGACACUCCAGCUGCAAGUAUUCAGAGCUCGACUGCAGGGCUAAUGGAGGGAGCCACCCAGGCAGGAUGUGAAGCCCAAAAGGAGCCACAGACACGAGACCAUGAAGUGAUUCCUGGGCAGCCGAACAGCACCGACUGGAGGCCGAAGCAGAGCCAAGAACCUGAAGAGACAAACCGCCAGUACUUGGAGGAGCAGAGCUGUAGUGGGGUGAUGGGAGAGGACAAGGACAGGGAGGUCAAGACCACUAAAGUGCCAUCCCAGUGGGGCAAGACUGAGUCCAACAGCAGAUACUCAGUUUUACCACAUGUGACAAAGCCAGAGGGAGAAGACAGAAAGGUCAAGGCGGAUUCCUUUAAAAACUCCUGGCUAUCCGAGCAGCAUCUUCCGCAUCUUUCCCAGACGCACUCAGGAAUGUCUGAAUACCCUCCACGGAGCUCAUCAGAUAACCUCAGUGUACCUGCCAGCAGCGCUCAGGCAAGCCUUUUCCAUUCGUCACAGCCUCCCGUGGAAAUGAACCACUUCUAUCUCUCGCAACAGAGCUGGGAAAGCAGCAGCAUCCACAACCAACAAACACAGCUUCGGUCAUCAGAAAAAGAUUUCGCAACAACUGACCCUUAUCUUCAACAGUGUCAGACAUUCUCGGACCAAAUCAGCACUACUCUGUCCGUUCAGCAAGGAAACAGCAGCACGACAGUCAGCUUUUGUAAUAAACUGCCAUCACUAGAUCACAAAGAUCCAAAUCUCCCACCUGAUGUUGGAUUACUAUCCUCCAGCCAAGUUUCUCAAAUCUGCAGAGCUGCUGCUGGAUUUAUGGGAGAAAUGUCAGAGAACAACCAGAACACCGGGUCUCAAUCGAAACCUUUUACAGAACCUGAGGAGAAACAGGACACUAUAGAGUCACUGAAUGACUACACCAGUAACUCUGGGAGAACCGACUUCCCCAACAAAUACCAGUCGAUCUUCUUGACUGGUCCGCUUCAUGGCUACCAGCCUGACUGUCUGACUGGUGCAGUGAGGCCUGUGCAGAGCUGCCAGGACUACACAGAAGACACCAGCAGCAGCGACGAUGAAGGAAAACUCAUAAUAGAGCUUUAAACGAGAGCUGGACGUACAUUCAUGUGCUUUAUUUGCUGUAGAUAUAUAUUUUGCAGAGGCACAGUUGCUCAGGAGGCAGAAAUAAUACCAGCGGUUGAGUUAACUGAGUGGACGGAGCACAUGAAACUCAAAAUAUGUCUAAAUGUGAAUAAAUAAUAAUAAAUAAAAUGGUUAAAAUGUGAAAGUGUUACAUCGAGAAGUCACAUAAUGUUGCACUCCUCUACAAAGUGUAAUUAGAACCAGGAAAAAACUGCUCAUCUUCUGCUGGUUUGGCUGUCAGGAAUCUCAGUAAUGAUAUUUCCCACGUGGCAAAACCACAGCUACUGGCACUUACAACCAAAUAAAAUCAAAUUAAGACAAAAACAGCUUCUCAUAGUAAUGAAAAACAAUACAUUGGAUGUUACCAAACCACUGCACAUAUGUAACAUGAUAAAAACAGCUAAUUUGGGCCCACUUUACAUGUACCUGGUGUGACUGCACAGCUCGUAAAGGGGACAGUCAUCAGAGAUCAAUGUGUAAACACUUGCAGUUUGGAAUAACUCGCGGUUUCACCUUCAUUCUGCUGACAGUAUAACACAUGUAGGAACUUGUUCACAAACCUGUAAUGCCCCCAACAAGCGCUCAUCUGUUAGCUGCAAGUGUGCUAGUUUUACAUUCCCUUCAUGUUUUUGCUUCACUUCAUGAGCACAGACAUGAAAGCUGUCGCUGCAUCUGCUACAGAAUUCUACAUAAUGUGUGAAUAUUAUGAGUUGGGACAACUGGAGUUUUUCCCGCCAUUUUUAAAACUUUUAUUGUUGCAGCUGCUUGCAGCCCCAAAACAGCUCUUAUGCUCUGAAUUGUUGAUCUAAGUUUAAGUCUGUUUUCUGUUUAACCACACUCUAAAUGCCUUUGUGAAUAAAUACGUUUGUAUUGAACUGAUUGGAAUCGAUUCGUACAUGAUUUGGUUGUAAUGCCUGCAACAAACCCAAUGGCUUUCGAGGAACUUUGAAGCAAAAUAUUGAAACAGACCAUAAACUAUAUGAGAAAAGAAAAUCAUGGGAAAAUAUUUACAUGUUGUUUUUUUGCCUUUGUAACCAUCAAUCAUAAACUUCUAAAGCUUACUUGCAAAAAGUAACUAAUUAAAUGCCAAAAAAUUAAUAAUUUCCUUAUGUAGAUGAACCUUUUAAGUUACAAUCAUUAUUAUGAAGGAUUGUAUUGACAUAAUAAUGUUGCAUCAGCUUAAUAUUGUGUGUCAUUUAAACUCUGCAUUAGUUGAUUUACAACCAAAUUCAAGUUGAGGUAACUUAAUAAAAUUAGGUUGAUGAAUUUUCUCUAACUUUACAUUCAGGAUUUCAAAUCCACUUCUUUAAUAUUGGAACAACUUUUUAUUUAUUUAUUUUUAAAUAUGCCAACUAAUUAUGAUUAAGUACAUGCAACUUAAUAAACAUUAUAAAUUAAAUGGAACUAGUAGUUGGAAUGGCUUAACUUUUAGAAAUAAUCUGUUGAAAGUUAUGUUUAGGCUGGCAAUCAUUCAAUAAGCAGUAAUAAAAAUGCACAUUUAGGUCGAUGUAGUUUGCUGGUUAAACGUAAUUUAAUUAGAAGCUGUCAUAACUCAAAAAAAAUAUGUAAACAUAAUUUUUUUUAGAGUGUGGGAAGCUUUGUGCUGCUUGUAGUCUGACAAUUUAUUCAUUUUUUUGCCUGUUAACUCAUUAUGAUGCAAAUAUCUGAAAUAAAUAUUUGGGAAUCAUUUGUAAUGUCUAGAAAUGGAAAAACAACAUGACUAUUUAUUAUGUUAGCAGCAAAUGAGCUAGCUUUACAAUACAAUUAUCUCCUUCCCACCUUUUUGAUCGGCUUCGUAAGUAAAAACAGGAACAUUGUGGCUCCUGCUGCUGUUUAACUCAACCAAUGAGAUUUUUUCUGCUCCUAAAAAUGCGGUUCACUUCCAUUCUGCUGACAAACACUUACAUGCACACAUAUUUUGCCAUAAUUGGUGUACCUUCCCACAGUGACUCCCGCUCAUAAAUUGCACUGUGUAACCUUCCCACACAACACCUGUUUGUGUGAAUCACGAACACAUGCUGCCAGAUAAUGGUUAAGUGAAUCUCUGCUGACAGUCGGAUCACCCAGGUGAAGCUGCUGUGGCUGCAGGGAGAAUGACCCUUUUACCCGUCUGGCUUUUGCAAUGAGUCAGCAGCUAUGAUAAGACAGCAGGAACAGGAAAGGUGUGGAUGUGUUGGAUUUUUGUAGAUAAAUUCAUAGCUAUAGCUCACGCUGACUUGCCUGUCACUCCUCAAGUCCAUUAAGUGAUUAGAAAACCUUUCUGGGUCUGUCAGUGCAUGUGUUCAGGCCUGUUUCCUGUCUGAUGAGCUGAUUGCGUUUUCUGACACACAGGAAAGGUAAAGGCACAAAAACUUUGCUUGGCCAAGCUGAUUUAUUAUUACUGUGUUACAAAUAUUAUUAUCUGUUUUGUGUUCAUUUUUCUAAUUUUAUAUUCUUGUUACAGAUUGCGUUCAUGAGCACAGCGGACUAAAGAAAGGGAUUCAUCUCAGAUUUAUUGCUCAUUGUUUUCUGUUUUCAAUCGCUUUCACAUCAAUUAAACUUUACCCAAAAACCUUU